GGCGGCACGCACAAACGGAUAGCGAAAAGGGAGGACGGGAUGAAGAAAGAGAAAGCGGGAGGACGGGAUGAAGAAAGAGAAAGCGGGAGGACGGGAUGAAGAAAGAGAAAGCGGGAGGACGGGAGACAGAGCAGGGGGAGGAGGAGGAGGAGGAGGAGGAGGAGGAAUUCGAGGAAGAGGAGGAAGAGGAGGAAGAGGAGUAGGAGAAGGUUACCGAGAAUCACGAGAGGAGAAGGAUAUCAACAAUCACGACGACGGCGCAAUUGCAAAGUCUCUGUCGGAGCGGAGUUGGCAUCGAACCGAGGUGAGGAACGAAAUGGACCCUUCUUCCGGGCGCAGGGAUGGAGCUGUCACAGCUGUGAGCAGGAUGAAGGACGUGCGAUCUGCGGCGUUGCCAUUAUCAAUUUCGACGUCGGCGGAUACCCUUGCAUGGGGUUCCAAGCUUGUGGAGCAGCUAGACUACCUCUUCCGCAUCGAUCCAUCCAUCGAUGAGGUUGGGUUGGUACCUUCGACAAAGGGUUUGGACUCUUUGCUUCUAGAAAGUACCCCUGCGGUGGCGAAUACUCAUCAGGUAAGCGCAGCAGUUGACAACAACAACAAGAAGAAGAAGAAGAGUGUUCUUGCAGAGAAAUAUUUUCACUCCCUCCCUUCGCAGUCAUUGGAAAACGGCAGCGACCUUGUUGAUGGCGCUUGCGAUGGUGAAGGGUGUGGCUAUGACGGGUGCGCAUUCUGGCUUCAAAAACACAAAUUGGCCGUCGCUGUGCCAGCUUCCGAAGCGAUGUACACAUUCGCCUCUGCAACUCUACGAAAGUAUUGCAGGGCCACCAACAUUCAUAGCUCCGCACCGAAGCAGGAUCCGAAUCGCAAUCCCGCUCAUGAGGAGUCUAGCGAAAUGGGAGGUGUCUGUCCAUUGCUUACAGUCGCAGCUGGCCUAGGUGGCGGUGUGAUGACUGGAGAAGGCGAUGAUGGCUUUGUUGAUGCUGGGAUGGAUGACACACGGAGUUUGCUGAUGAAGUGCACGCGGGUGCUCGUCCUCAUGAACGGAGAGCACCUGACUGCGUGGAGCACGAGAAAGCGUAUCAUCCUCGCCGCCUCCACGAGCAGUCGCACACAGUUUUCAAGAAGUCUUUGCUCAGAGCUUCAUCUCGCGAAACUUGUCAUAUGCAUUCACCCGAAGAGCGGCGAAACGUGGAGCCAUCGGCGAUGGGUUUUGACCCAGAUAAAGGAAGGGAAACUGUAUACAGAUGGACAGCUAAGCCAGCUGUAUGAGAGCGAGUCGCAGCUUGUUCAGAAGGUGGCGGAGAUGUACACGAUGAAUUACCGAGCGUGGUAUCACCGCUGCUGGUUGUCCCAACAGAUCUCGCUGAAGCAGGUGGUCGACGAGCUGCGCGAGAACGACAGAUGGGUGCGGCAACAUGUCGCUGACAACUGCGGGUUUCACUACAGGGAAUGUCUCCUCUCGCGCGUUUUGGACCUGGCUUUGAGAGAGUGCGACGAAGCCGGGAUUUCUUUUCUCUGGAGCAGCUUUUUCGCGGACGGAGAACAGUCGGCGCAGACCCGUGAGAUGCUCUACGUCUGUGGCGAAAAUGCAUCCGCCGGAAGGCAGCUCGUCGCAAGCUUAUGGAAAGAAGAGGGAAAGAAGUGCGCUGGACUUAUUGCAACGUAUCCCGGCCGCGAGUCGUUAUGGGGAUUCCGCCGGUUCCUGUUCCAUAGGUGGUGGCGCGACAUCGCCGAUGGCAACUUCAUUCGAGGUGCAGCGGCCAGCUGGAACUUGAAAACCUCGUCCACGUGCGACCGAAGGGAUCAUUCCCACAUAAGCUAUGCGUCCGUCAACUGCCGCGCACAUCAUCCGCCGGCGGAACAGGUCGCCUGGAUGAAUCCCGAAGACGAGUUGUUUCUGGCGGAACGCUACCUCGAUUCUGCCGAGGAUGACGACAACUACCUGCUGGGAGACGGAAAGCAAAGGAGACUAGCAUGCUCCUACAAGCUUUGGGUGCUUCAAGAGGUGCAGAAGCUCUUAGUACGGGAAGAAGCGCCUUCGAAUGGCUGCCUUAAGGACAGGCUACACGACGAGGUUCUCCAAGUGCUAGAUGAUCUGGCAAAUAAAUACUGCCCAUGGAUGAGUGCCAUGUGGCAAGCCAGAGUGCAGGUAUUGUUAUCUUCACAAUGACGACGACUAAAUAAAAGGCGGAAGCCAUUACUUAGGUGGCAGCGGAAAGCCAUCAAGUCGUUGAAAUCAAUCAGCGACUGCUCU